AAGAAAAAUGUCCCAUACGGCUCUAGUUACCGGCGCAACCGGUCUUUUGGGCCGUGAAGUCACAAAAUCCUUCAAGCAAGCGGGAUGGUUAACUGUAGGGCAAGGAUACAAUCGAGCCGCCCCGCCAACGAUUCUGAAAGCGAAUCUGGAGGAUCCGGCGGAUGUUAAGAGGAUACUUGAUGAAGCCAAACCACAGGUUGUUGUUCAUUGCGCCGCAAACCGUCAACCAGAUGCCUGCGAAAAGAAUCCCGAACAAGCACGCAAAAUCAACGUCGAGGCCACCCGCGCCCUAGCAGAAGGAACAAACGCUCGAGGUAUUUUACUAAUAUACAUCUCUACGGACUACGUCUUUGCCGGCUUGGAGGGAGAAGCACCAUACGAAACCGACGCAAAGACCAACCCUACAAACAUCUAUGGAGAAAUGAAACGUGACGGCGAAGAAGCCGUAUUGGAAGCUACCAAGGAGACCGGCCUAGGAGUCGUCCUGCGCGUACCGGUCCUGUACGGACCGACAGAAUACAACGGCGAAAGCGCGGUAAACACGAUCCUAGACGCAGUCGAAAAGAGCAAAGAUCCCAACGCAAACAUCAAAAUGGAUGAUUGGGCGCGCCGCUUCCCGACAAAUACCCAGGACGUGGGACGGGUAUGUAACGAUAUCGCGGUCCGCUACAUUCGGGACAAGAAUAACAUCAAAUCCCUGCCCAAGAUCCUCCAUUUCUCCGCAGAGGAGGAUAUGACCAAGUACGAGAUGGCGCAGCGCAUAGCGAAGAUUCUAGAGGUGAAGAUUCCGGGGAUGAUUGCGAAUAAGGAAGGGAAUGAUCCGAAUGCUGCUGUCAAGAGGCCGUAUAACACGCAUUUGUCGACUAAGGCGCUUCGAGAACUUGGGAUCAAUGUGCAGGCGAUGAAGUUUGAUGAUUGGUGGAGAGCAUACUUGAGGAAGAAAUAAAUUAGGGGUCUCACAUCGAUUGUAAAACGAUCAUGUAUCCAUAGUCCAAGAUAUAAGAAUAGGGUGGAUAGAUCAGAGGCUAAAACAUGGCGUCAUUUAAGGAGCCUUUC